AUGUCGACCACAAGAUUAGUCCAGAAAAAGGAUAUGAUCCACGACACCCUCUUCGUCGAGAUUUACGAAGUUUUGCUUCCGGCAGAUUCUGUUACUCCUGGUAUUCAUCCGGACGAGCCGACGCGGUUUACGGGAGGCGUUGUAACGAGCGACCAGGUCCAAGUCUCAUUCAGACUUCAAAGUCAUUUUCGUGACCAUCAUCGUUGGGUGUGUUCAGAUCCAAUACAAAAAUUUGAAUUGUUCCGAUGCACAAAUCAUAUCCACAUCGACAUCAUCUCAAGACUGACUCAUGGGCCUCAUUUAUGCGGAGCCGUUGACCUUACACGGGUGAAAAUUUCCGAAGAUUUUGAUCCCAAACAUGAAAUUGCAAAACUGGAGCCACAUUGGAUUGACCUGUCGAACCGAAGUGCAAAAAUCAAGAUUGGUUUGGGCUACGGCCGACGGACCCUACCCGGAUCCACAAGGCUUGAUCACCUUCAUCUUUCGCUAGCAUAUGGUGGAUCAAGUGUCACCACACUUUUUAAGCGCUAUGACGAAAUGAUGUAUGCGGCCAAGAGAGCAAGAAUUCGAGUUUCUGAGCUUGAAUGGAAAAAAGCACCGUUUCCCACCAGGGUGGAAUCCGGGUUUGGCGUCGCAUCCUUGCUGCACAUAUUGGAACUCCCGGGUCAAGAUCACCUCAUCACCCCCUGGGCCAGUGGCGGAUGCCUCUUCUAUCACUUGCAACGAGAGCGAACCUUCAGCCUUGCAAGAUCAAGGAUAUAUCUAGCAGAGCUAGUGCAGACGCUGGAAGAUAUGAAUGGGUACGGCUAUGCAAAAUACAAUAUCCGACCGCUCGCCGUCAUGCUUAACGCGCUGGGACAUAUCAUGAUAUGUGAUUUCGAUCUCUACCGCAAGUCAAUGGCAAGUGCAGAGAUAGUUCGAGUCGACUUUCAGGAGAAUAGAUAUCCAGCUCCUGAGACAUUCUCAAACAUCCAACCUACGGCUGCAACAGUGGUGUGGACAAUUGGAGCGAUCCUGUACGAGAUGCUUUACGGCAUACCCCCGUUCUACGAAGAGGAUGUCGAACUCUACCAACUCAAGAUAUGCGGGGCCGACAGCCUGGUCUUGCCCGACUCUCCUAUCAUCCCAGAAGUCGCGUCAGAUCUCCUCACUCAGCUUCUUCAUAAAAACCCGACGAAUCGUGUAGGCGUUCGAGACCUUUCUGAAAUCAAAGCACACGGAUUUUUCACGGGAAUAGACUGGACCUUGAUAUCCCGGCGAGAUUACGCUGCAGAUUUCAUCCCACCUCUCACUUCGCCCAAAAUUCCGGAAUCCGCAGAAGUUUUCGAUUUAAAUGAACAGGAAGCUUGGAAUAUCACUUGGUCAUUGCGAUUGGACCCACGACCUGACCGUACACGGGAAUCGCCGGAAUACGAAAUGUUGUCGGAAUUUCUCGAAGAACGAAUAAUCCGGACCAUGAAGCUUGGAGAAGCGGUAUGUCGAGAGGAUAUCCGUGCUGCUGAAGAGCUUCUUGCGCAAGGCGCCCGAUGUGAUUUCAGAGAGGACGAUCGACCCCGGGCCGUGCCGCAUGACGAAUCUCAAUGCUUUGACGCCUGGGAUCCAACCUUUCCACUGGAAUUUCUCCCUCCCCUGCUAUAUGCCAUUCUCGGACGAAAUGCGGACCUAGUAGAACUCCUGCUCACGAGCGGCGCGGAUCCAAACGCCAGCUAUCAUGAUCUAGAUCGCGCGAAUUCGUUUCUUACCGAACACGUACCGAUCCUGUGCGGUACAGUGGCGCAACUUGCUGCCGUCCUAGGUCUCGAAGAGAUCACUCGAUCGUUGGUAAGAGCGGGUGCUCGUUUCGACCUGCCACAGUCAAGCCGAGCACAUCAUCAGUGUCCGGGAGUCGAGCGAAAGACAUGGCUUCGAAUGGUUAAACGGUUUGGGGCCGGGGCCGAGUAA